GUACUAGCCGAGGAGGAGGAGGAUGGGAUACUUCUAACUCAAGAUACGCUAAUGUUAUACAGCCAUCUGCCUUUAAGUCUAAUACAUGGGGUGGCAGUGGAGAUCAUGGAAGAGGAUUUCUUGGCUCCUUGGCAUCUGGGUCCUCAGGCAACAGAAAUGCAGACUUUUCGCAGAACCGAUUCUCUGUGUUAACGAGCAGUCCAAAUGUUGCUGACAGCCAUAAAGAUGAAGAGGAAAGACUUCUCGAAGGUGUAGUGAAAGACAUGGAAAUUUGGGAAUCUUCAGGGCAAUGGAUUUUUUCGUCUUACUCACCGAUGAAAGACAAACCAAAUGUGUCAGGCUUCACAGAUUUGUCACCAGAAGAGAUGCGUCUCGAGUAUUAUAACUGUAGAGCAAACAAUAACAUUCAGAACUAUAUAAAUUCUGUCCAACAGUUAGCAGAACAGUGGAAAAAUCGUGUGCGUCAGUUGAAAGCUUUAAAUGCACCAACGAAAGCAGCUCUGCUAUCUGAACUGAGGAACGUGGGCACACAACCAUUGCCUUCCUUUGGAUGUGGAGGACAGCAAACACCAAGCUUUGGCCUAUCAAGCUUUCCUGUGAAGAGCAGCAGCACCAGCGCGAGCAGUUUCUCCUUUAAAACAAGUUCCAGUCUCACCAGUGGAUCAGCUGGAAACACCCCUGCUUUUGGGAGCUCUUCUGUUGCCAGGAAUCCUCCUGCGUUCGGGGGAACAUCCUCUCCUAGUGUAUCCCAUUCUGUUGGUCUUGGCAGCUCAGCAGCUCCAUCUGCAGCCUCCUUCUCAUUUAAAACUUCUGAAACUACUAGUGCGUUUGGAACUUCUGGCUUUUCAGGGUUUGGCAGUUCUGCUGCUGUGAAUGCAGCAGGCAAUGCUCCGCUUACAGCCUUAGCAGCUUCUAAUGCAACAGUCACGAACAAUACUACAACAGAGAAGUUAUUUACACCAAUGAGCGAAUUAUCUGCUGAAGAGUUGAAACAAUUUGAAGCAAAGAGGUUUACGCUGGGAAAGAUUCCUCUUAAGCCACCACCAUUAGAACUUUUAAAUGUUUAG